AUGGUCACGAUUAGGGAGCUUCCUGAUCAAUAUGCCCACUUCACUUCGUCUCUCCUGCUUCUGGGCACCUUGGACAAGACUCAGCUCAGGGAUGCUUUCCUUGCUGAAGAGGUCAAUCACUGUUGUUGUGCUGAAGUCAAUUCUGCCUUGCAUUCUUCGUCUACCACUGCCAAUAGCACCUGCACCCAUCCUAACUGCCAUCAUUGCAACCAAUCCACCACCUCUACUCGCGUUCAGUGUGAUUUCUGUGGUUUACUUGGUCAUACCCAAGUCAAAUGUCACAGAUACAUUGCUAGUCGCCAACAGGCAGUGGAGGGUGCUAAGAAUUGCUACAAGUGUGGCAAUAAGGCUCAGGCAGGCUCCAGCAACUCUCAGAAUACCUCUCAGCAGCCCAAAUCUUCGCCCAACAAUGCCAAUUCAUCUACUGUGGUCACUGAAUCAGCUGGAAAUGCAAGUCUUCGUUCCAUUCAUCCCUCUGAUCCUCAUUGCCCUCUCCAACUUGAUGCUGACAUUGAUUGGAAUGCAGACACAGGCACUACUUCUCAUAUGACACCUCAUCGUCAUUGGGUGCACCACUAUACCCCAUAUUGUGUGCCAAUCAAGCUGGCUGAUCACACUGUUGUCUAUUCAGCUGGUGUUGGUACUGUGGUGUUUAAUCCUGUGAUG